AUGUCUUUAAACUACAUCAAAAACUUCUACGAAGGAUGCCUCAGGCCUCCUACAGUGAUAGGCCAGUUCCACACCUUGUUCUUCGGCUCUGUGCGGAUGUUCUUCCUGGGCGUCCUUGGCUUCGCCGUCUAUGGGAAUGAGGCGCUGCACUUCAGCUGCGACCCUGACCGCCGCGAACUCAACCUUUACUGCUACAACCAGUUUAGGCCCAUAACACCGCAGGUCUUCUGGGCAUUACAGCUGGUAACAGUCCUGGUUCCUGGAGCAGUAUUCCACCUUUAUGCCGCCUGUAAGAACAUAGACCAGGAGGAGAUCCUCGAGCGACCCAUCUACACAGUCUUCUACAUCAUUUCUGUUCUCCUGCGCAUCAUUUUGGAAGUCAUCGCCUUCUGGCUACAAAGUCAUCUCUUUGGCUUUCAGGUUCACCCACUGUACAUGUGUGAUGCCAGUGCUUUGGAAAAGGCUUUUAAUGUGACAAAGUGCAUGGUACCUGAACACUUUGAGAAAACCAUCUUCCUCAGUGCCAUGUACACCUUCACCGUAAUCACCAUACUUCUCUGUAUUGCCGAGAUAUUUGAAAUACUCUGCCGACGGCUGGGCUAUCUCAACAAUCAGUGA